GGAUAUACGGGUUGGCUCUGUGAAAAGCUAGAUAAUCAAUGGAAGGAUGUAUUAGCACAUGUUCAAUAUUGAGCCAAAACUAUUAUAUGUAUUGCUUCCAGACCUGAAAUGUGCCUAGGAGACUAUGUAGAGGCAUCCAUCUCUCUGUUGUGCAUCCCAUUACAGCAUUAUAUUUACACUAGUGUCAGUGGCUUAAUGUGCCCUGCACUUUGCAAAAUUUAUCCACUGAGCUGACCCAGGAGCUGAUCAUAUCACAGCUUAAAAGAAUAAUUUGUUUAAUCAACUCCAUUUCAUAAAGGUAAAUUUGGCCUAUAAAAAAUACUAUUCAUUUUUCAAAAUUUUCACCCAGCUGAACUCAUUUCUCUGCCAUGAAUGCCACAAUUGUAUGUCUCAGCCGCUUUCUGUCUCAUGUUUGCAAUUGGAGGAGGGCCUUGGCAACAAAACAAGUACAGUUCUUUGCGAAGGGAAUGGCAGACCUAAUGAAUGCAAAGACUUCAACACCCUUUAGCAUCAAGUCCAUGUAUGUUAUGCUUUUGAAGCAAGUUUUACCCAAUUACCAGCCUUUGGUUUACAUCACAGAGAGAUCCCAGAGCACAAAAAAUGAAUGAACCUAAGCCAGAUGUACCAGGAAUGCACAAGUACACCCUAUACAUUCAGUCCAUGGUAUUGUACUGGAACCAGUUUGAUGUAAAACCUUGUGGAAUCCUUAAUGGCAUGGACGUUGGAUCCUUAGGCCUAGCUAUUUCGCUUUACAAAUCUAUUCCCAUUUUUUCCUGCGUGUUAAUGGGGAUUCAGAGACCCAGCUUUCCUUUUUCUGCUCAAAAGCACACAGAGAACAGGCAGAGACGUCUCGAUGAGGCAGUUCAGAUGCAACAGCCCUGGGUAUUGCUGCUGUGAUAAUUCUCCCAUUUUCUUGCCUGUGGGCAGAUGGGCAGGUACUGAUUUCAGGACGGUUGCAUGCUCAGGUGAUUUGCUGCAACUAUAGAGCAGAACAAGCCGAUUGGAUUUUGUGCUGUUCCUGAGAAUCUAGAGUGACACAGCCAAAAUGCUACAACCAACUGCAAUUGCAGCACUGAGGUAAUAUCAUUCCUACUUUUAUAUUUUUGUUGUCAGCAUUUUGCAGUUCAGAGGAGCAUCCAUGGAAUUACACAGCUGCCUUUUUUCCACCUGUUUGGGUUUCUGUUGUAAACAAGCAGUUCUGAGACAGCCAGGUGAUGAGUACUAAUAAAAGUAGAAUUUGGUUCUUUACCUUUAUCCUUCUCUUCUCACCAGAAUGCGAUACUGUUGAUGAUGAGCUCUUGUUGUCAUUGCCUCUUCUCAUCACUGCAAUCUCAGGAUUUGCCUUGCAAAUCUGCCUUUUCUACAAUGCCUAUGAGCUGAGAUUUUCCAAGCCAGAAAACCUGGAUAAAUUAUCCUCUUUCAGAAUAACAGAGAUCUAAGGACAAACAAUAGAGACUUGAUUCAAAGAACAGGCCCUGAAAAAGGUGAUUAUAAAAAUCAGAGAUAACAUUAAAAAGUAAGGUCUAAGGUUCUACAUUUUCAGGUUGGUAUGACCACCCUGUUUCUACCCUCUAAGCCUUUUUUUAGUGGGUAAAUCCCUGUGUAGAGAAGGGAUGACCAGUAAAUGAGUUAUGCGUGAUUUAAUUUCAGUGAGACUUCUGAUACUGUCUCAUAUUCUCAUAAGUAAAGUAGGUAGAAGUAAGUAAGAUUACAUCCGUGCAAAAUGGAAAUACAUUUCUCUAACGAGUAAUUUUAAGUUCUCUGGCACAGUAGGAGGUUCUAUCAAAAGGGAAUCUACCUGCAGAGCUGUCUCUCUGUCCUGGCUCCAUUGCUGUUCAAUACUUUCGUUAAUUAACAGAAGGGAGAUUACUGUUGUAAAAUUUUCAUGUGAUACUAAAGCACUUUGAAGAAUAGGCUUAUGAUUUAAAUGUUCUUGAAAAAGGAACAUAAUGACUAGAAAUCAAUACAAAGAAAUUCAGUAAACAAUUUACAGUGGUUAAGGGAAAGAAAAUCAACAUUUCGAACAUAAAAUAAGAGACAACAGACUGCAAAAUAGAUAGCUGGGGAUCAGUGUGUCAGCAAUGUUGUGGCUGUUACAAUAAAGAGAAAAAAGCUCUUAGGUGCGAAGUGUAAUAAAUGUGUCAAAGGGUUACAUAUACUGCUGUAGCCGAUGUACUGAUCAGGUAUCAGCUGGAAUAAUGUGUUCUGCUUGCUUUGGCACACAGUUUACCAUCCACAGAAUGUCAUCAGGAAUAUUAAGAGGCUUAGAAAAGAUGAACUGUGAGAAACAAUCUGAGUACUGUGGGAGUGAGAGCAUAACAGGCAGAUAGUCUUCAUGCAUGCUUUUAUCAAGAAAGACAGUAUGUAAAUUGUGGCUGCAUAAAGAGAAAUUUAAGGCAGCUGUUAUGUCAGUCUUGUGUUGAUAAGGAUAUUUAAGUGCUGGAACAGGUAUUGGGGGGGAUUGUGUGAUGGUUUUAUCAGUCUUAAUAAAUGGUUCAAUUUCUCUCAGGGAGGAUCUAAAAUCUAGUGCUAAGAGUUAAUAAACAGUUGCUUACACCUUUUUAGCAAAGUUAUGGAUAAUGUGUUCUAUUUUAAUCUGCCAACAUGGUCAUUUAUUGCAAGCAAUUGGAAGCCUGUGGCUCAUUAUCUCAUGGUAACUUCAUCUGCUUCCUGAAGAUCUCUCAAAUAUGAUUCUGCAUUAGGUGAAUGUGCUGGACCAGAAGAUCUCUCACGUUACAUCCCAGUCCUCAUUUUGGUAGGUUAGAGAAACAAGAUCAGAUGUGUGAUGAUCAUGUUUCAAGGCUUGAUUGUUUCUCUCGAACUGACUCACCAAAAAAGCAAACUGUGUUGAGCAUGAUCUAGAAAAUUACUUUCUGGAAGUUCAGGAUUGGUGCAGUGUGGAAAAAUACAAGACUGGAUUUCUCCUAAGUCUUUAUGCAUUUCCAAGGCUAUGUGUGUAACUAUGAGAUUUAGAAACAUAGUGGGUUCUGCUUACAUUGAUCAAACGGGAGUUUCCCUUUUGACUGGUAGCACAAGGAUUUUACACGACUUUGGAAAUUUAGGACAGGAGACUUUCAUUUGCGUAUGUAUCUGGAACUUUUUAGGAGACAGUAAAUACCAUUCAUGAUUGUGCAUGGACAAUUUGAUACAUAUUGAGUACAGUCUUUAUUAUAUAGUGAUUUUGCAGGUUUAUUUUUCCUAAAUUUUAAUUCCAAAUAUUAUUUUAAAACAGUUGUUAUAAUCAGUUUUAUCUGCUGUAGUUAGCUUUUGUGAACCACCUAAUUUUAAUAAAGCCCUUGACUAUUUGAGGCAGUGAAAACUAAUGUUUUCCACCUUGCACACAACCAGUGAGUCAACAGCCCACUGUUCUACAAAUAAAGUCUUGCAGUCUUCUUCAUAUUACUUUCAUGGAUUGGAAGUCUAGGGGUAUAAUUAAAAGUUGUUGAAUAAUAUGUGAAAUAAACCAAAUCAUUCAUUACCCUGACAUUUUCUGUAACUGUAUUCAUAUGUAGAAGAGUCGUGGGCCGACUGAAUUACAUAAUUCUGAAACACCAUCUUUGUGCACACACCAUUUCUUAUUCCUCAUCCUGUUGCAAUGGUAGCUGCCAUAAUGUAGCAUUUCUAGACUUUUUACAAAGCCAUACAAAGGACAAGGGUCAAUGGCUUUAAACUGAAAGAGCAGAUUUAGAUUAGAUAUAGGGAAGAAAUUCUUCACCAUGAGGGUGGUGAGGCACUGGAACAGGCUGCCCAGAGAAGCUGUGGAUGCCCCAUCACUGGAAAUGUUCCAGGCCAGGCUGGAUGGGGCUUUGAGCAACCUGGUCUAGUGGAAGGUGUCCCUGCCCAUGGCAGGGGGUUGGAACUGGAUGAUUUUUAAGGUCCCUUCUGACCCAAACCAUUUUAUGAUUCUAAGAGCUUUGUAAUCGUUAUUUUCCUUCUACAUAUCAUAUAUUAAUGCUAAUGAGCCAACAGCGUAGUGAAAUCACAUCACAGAGAUGCUGCAUUUGAUAUUACUUGCCGCAGGACUUUUUCCCAGUGAUGGUGUAACUGUGUGUGUUUUUGAGUGCCACAUUACACCCAUGAGCUUGCAAAGGUUCAUUAGAUCACUUUUGGGACAAAUACACUGGAUAUAAAGAGUUCCAUGCCUUGUUGAGUCUCAUAAAAGUACAAAUAACAACAACAUAAUUUCACUUUAUUGCUUUAUCGAGAGAUGUUAGUGUUCUGAAGUACUUAUUGGAUUUGUAUGUGCAGGAUCUGCAUAUAUACACAUUUAGGUACUCAUAUGUAUUAUUUUUUGUUUUUUAUUAACUUGUGUUUUAAUAGAAGACUAAUUGCAAAGAUUCAUCUGUGAUUUAGAUGUGGAUUAUUUGUUAUAAAUCUAGGAGUACAACUCUUAUAAGGAUUGUUUUGCAAAGGGAGGAAUUGGGUUUUUGGAUCUUUCUGUGAAAUAUCUCCUCUCUUAUUUGUUAGGAUAGUAGAUCACACCACCGUUCAGCGUAUGUGGUACAGAUCCCCUGUUUAGCAUCCCCCAUGAAAACUGCAGCCCACUUUUAAUCUGUCUGCCCUUUUGGGCCUAGAGCAGUUUCUUUGGGUUCCCCAGAGAUUUAGGUACACGAUCUGGCAGAGCUCCAGGUGUGUGGGAAUUUGGUCUACUCUUUGAUCUUUAAAGGGAUGCUGGUGCCUCUGAAGACACGUUUGUACACGCACAGAGAUGUGGUACAGAAUCUUACUGUCUUUAUCAACUGUAAAAGACAAAUCUACACAAAAAAUACAUAGAAAUCAACUUCCUUGCCAUGCUAGAACAUCUUUGAAUAGGGAUGGGUAAGGAUCUGUUUGUGCAGUUCCUUGAGAGUGUGCAGGUCUUGCUUUUUAGCAGAAUUUGUACUUUUGCCAAUCUGGGUGAGACUUUAGUUUUGUCCCUUCACAGUAAUGAAUGUGCAUUAGCCUUCUGUUAUCCCUUACUCAACAUUUAAUCAUGUUUCUGUGUUGUUUUCCAUCAUUUUGGCUUCAAUGUUAAAUAUUUGGAGGUUUCACAUUAAACAGAGCCUUUUCCUGAAGAUAAGUGAAUCAACAGCUUUAAUAUGACUACUGUUGAUUGAAAAAUGGUUGCUGACUUCCAAUAUUACCCCCUCUCCAACUUUGCCUGGUCUGGGUUCCUAGAGUCCUGUCGGUAAAGUAUCAGAUACAUCUAGUCUCAUAUAGUGAGCAAGAACCUAAGUCUUGGGGCCAGCACACUAAGACUUCUUGCCCCAGAAUGUGCUUCUCUCUCAAUUGUAGUGUGUCUCUGAUGUCUCUCAUAGAUCCCACAUUUCAAGCAUAGCUGCUCUGCAGAUCCAUCAGCCCCUUAUUCCUGGCAAAUGGGACGGUGGCAGGCUGGAAGCUGAACACAAGCUCCCAGUGUGCCCUGGUAGCAAAGAUGAUCAACAGCAUCCUGGGUUGUUUUAACAGUAGCACAGCACAUUAGGUAAGGGGUAAGUAAUUUCCCUCUGUUACUAAGCCGUAUCUAGAACAGUGUGUCCUGUUUUGGGUCCCCAAAACAAGAAAGACAUCAACAAACUGGAGCAAGUUCAGCGAAGGCCAUCAGAGUAGUUGGAGCUUGGAGCACUUGUCCUGUGAGGAGAUGCUGAAAAACUGGGACUUGUUAGGACCUGGAGAUGAUACAUCAUCAGGAGCACCUAGCAGCAGCCCUCCAGUACCUAUGGGGAAGUCUUUGAGAAGAUAAGUCAGGUUUUUUUGUAACCGUGCAUGGUGGAAGACAAGAGACAACAGGCAAAAGCUGAGAUAUCUUCAUGCUGGAAAAUGGAGAACAUUUUCCUCAAGAGCACAGUGAGGCAGUGGCACAGGUUGCCCAGGGAGGUUGUGUGGUCCUCAUCCUUGGGGCUUUUCAAGACCCAGCUGGAUAAAACACCAAGCACCUGAUGUGAGCUCCUGGCUGAGCCUACUUUAAGGAGUACAGUGCUGUGGAUACAAAUCCUUUAUCUGUGUAUAUUAUGCAGCCCAUCUGGAACAAAAUUAUUAAGAUAGUGCCUUUGUGGAUUGCUCCCAACCUAUUAACAUUCUCUGGAUUUGUCAUGAUUUUAGUUAAUUAUUUUCUAAUAUCUUUUUAUGACUGGGACUACACUGCCUCAGGUACCAGUCCUGGACUUGUUCCCACCUGGGUGUGGCUGUUCAGUGCUUUUACCACCUUUUGUGCUUACGCCUUAGACUCCAUAGAUGGGAAACAUGCUCGAAGAACUCAGUCCAGUACUCCUCUGGGAGAAUUAUUUGACCAUGGACUGGAUAGCUGGGCUACCUCCAUUUUUGUGCUUUCUUUUUUUUCUGUCUGUUCCCGUGACAAUGGGAAGACUGGAGUUUCUGUAUAUACAAUGUAUAUAUAUUUAAGCAUUGUCUUGUUUAACUUUAUGUGUUCACACUGGGAGAAAUAUAACACAGGAGUUCUUUUUCUUCCUUGGGGAUACGAUAUAAGCCAAGUGGUGUUAAUUACAGCAUAUCUGCUCACUGGUGCUGUUGGUGUGGAAGUCUGGCAGAAGCCUUUCCUGUUUGGUUAUUACAUCACAGAUGCAUUAGUAAUCUUGCUUAUAGGCUUCAGUUUAUUUCUUUCAUUUCCACAAACGCUAUACAACAUUCACAGAGCACAUUUAAAGAAAACACUGAAGAAUGAUUCUUUGUAUGAAGUACUCCUACCUCUUGUGUCACCCCUGUUGCUGUUCAUUCUUCUUACAGUCUGGGUGGUUUUCUCUCCAAGCAACAUAUUAGAAAAGCAACCAAGAUUGUUUUUAUGGAUGGUUGGGGUUACUUUCUCAAAUGUUAUUUGCAAGGUGAUCAUCUGCCAGAUGAGCAGCACCCGGCCAGAGCUUCUCCACUGGUUCCUCUUCCCGCUGGCACUGGUGGUCUACGCGGCCAUCUCGGGGCUGCUGGGCUGGACAGAAGAAGCGGUGUUGGCCACGUUCACGGCCCUGGUCACAGCCGCCCACGUGCACUACGGGGUCUGCGUGGGGCUGCAGCUGAGUGAGCACUUGAACAUUUACAUCUUUUCCCUGAAGAAACGUGUCCAGGAGUGAACACCUGCACUAUAAUCAGACUGUAACACUUGAUGUGGAGAUUCUUCUGAUGUGAUAAAUAGUUGGAAUUUAUCUGAUUAAAAUAACCAAAGAAUAGAACAGUCCAGAUAUCCAAACCACUGCAACAAUGAUACAGCAAGAUGCUUCAUCUCAGAGGAAGAUUCCCGUCCAGCAGAGAAGUGUUUACCAAGUUGUUCUGCUGCUAAUAUUUAUUCUCUUCACUAAUGCCGUGUUACUACUCCCUCUGAAGCUUUUGUCUUCCUCCUCCUCACCACUGUGUCCAAAGUCCUGGGUAAAUCUGUGCCAGGUUACAGGAGCUCCUUGGUAUUUUAUAACCAGCAUUGCUUUUGCCCAGCCCCGUCACCAGUGGGACCCCAGCAGUGGAAACCCUUCUGGUACGUCCUUCCCACUCCCACAUCAGUGCCUGCUUCGUUUUCCAUAUUUAUUUUCCUCAUGACUCAUUUCUUCCAUACAACCUCCUGAAAGGCUUAGGCACAUUCAGGCUUUUCCUCACCUCAAAUUAAUAUGUUAAAAAAAAGUAGAAUUAGUUCAGAAAGCUUUAAGUACAGUGAAGUGGUUUUGAAACCUAUGAUUUUUUUCCCUCAGUGUUAGGAUGAGUCUCAGGUGACUUGUAUCUGUCACAAAUGCAGGUUCCAUAGAGCAGCAGCUGGUCUUUAUACUUAUUUUCUAGGCAGUAACAAGUGCAUUGUUGAGAUUUUGGUAGCAACAAGCAACAUACCCUACAAAGGUAACCAGCUGAGAAUAAAUUUGGCCAGCAAACCUUUGAAGUUUGUCAUGUUUCACUGCAAAACUGGUUAGUCAAACCUCAUCUAUGAGUAUGAAAUGCUAAGCAAAUAAUUAUAUACCUGUGUGCUUGAAACAAAUUCUUGUGAUUUUAGAUAAUGACAAAGAAUAAUAAUUGAGACAAGAAAAGCUUUUCUUUUAGACAUUACAUGUUUGCAUGCAGAUGUAAAUUGCUCACUUCCUCUAUAAUAUAUGUAGGUUUUCUGCAUGCCUCAGAGGAAGGAGGGAGAAUUUGAGAUUCCUCUCUUUUCAUGUGCUGCCCUAGCCAGAGGGACUUUGUGGCCUUGGAGCACUAAUGAAUCAAUCUGUCCACGUUCUCCAGGGUAAGCUUUAUAUUACAUUUCUUGCACAGAGGGAUGUGACUGACUGACUGGCACGUUUAUUAACUAGUUAACUAUCUCGCCUGCCAGAAGCAAGGCAGAAGGGUCGUUUUUGAACCUGCUGAGCCUUAAGUUCACCUUUUUUUCCUUAGACUCUCCUCUGGCUUUAUCACUGGCCUGAUCAUUUUUUCCCCGGUUAACAUACCCUUACAUCAGUAGCUCCUAUUAACAUUUUCAGCUGAGUACCAACUAGUCAUAUCUUUAUGAACAGCUUCAAUUUAAUGCUAAAAAUGGCAGUUUCUGUGUUCGAGGGGCAAUGACAAAUUUGAGGUAGGCAUGCACCCAGCAAUCUCAGUGUUUGAUGAAGUUAAAUGCUACAACAGCUAUCAGAUACACUGCCACAAAAGUCUUACCUAUUUCAACAGUUUAUAUUUAACCCAUUCAUUAAAAAUCCUAACAAAAAAAAUAAUUAAAAUAAAAUAAAACCCCAAAAUACCUCUGAAUUGAAUGUGGUUGUUCUGGAGGACCUCCAUGGACAGGCUUCCUUUUUCCCUCUGUCUUGCACUUAUUUAUGGAACAGUUGGAAAUAAGGGUCACAGAAGCAGCACAAUUUGAUGCACUGUAAUGGAGUAUUUUGCAAUAUUUAAUUUGAUGAAAUUAUAAAACUUGAACUGCCACAACCUGCCUGCACUUGUACCUUCCUGAAGAGAAAUAUAGUAUCACUUUUAAAGGAAACUAAGCUCCAGCCAGCUUUUCAACAUGAAGACAUGGCAAAUAACUUUCUUUUUCCUUUUUAAAGCAAUUUGUCACUACAAUCUCUAUGAAAACAAGUAUAAAAACAGAUCAUGUAUUGCACAGUGUAUAUAUUGAAUUGUUAGCCAUCUUGGAUGGUAACUGUUUCAAUGAAUAGGAAUAAAAAUGCUUUGUUCAUA